AUGGUUGCCAUCCGCACUCUGAGCCUUGCGCUCCUCCUGACAGGGGCCCUGGCUAUGCCCUCCCCCCAGGACGCUACUGCACCCUCCUCGGCAGCCCCCACCCCGCUCCCCAGUACGGCCGCCAGCUCCCCGGAUACGGCCGCUUCCCAGUUGGACCAGCUGGCCGACUUCGCGUACAACGUCACCACCGACAACGUAUCGAACAACGAAGCCACAAAGCGUGGGAGCUGCUCGCUCAGCAACCUGCGCAUCCGGCGUGACUGGAGAUUCUUUUCGUCCUCGCAGAAGAAGGCAUACAUCAAGUCGGUUCGGUGUCUGCAGCAGCUGCCUGCGCGUACCCCGUCCAGCGUCGCCGCCGGCGCAAAGACUCGCUAUGAUGACUUUGUCGUGACGCAUAUCCAGCAGACCUUGAACAUCCACUACACUAUCCCGGCGAGCUCGACUGUGCCGACUAACCUUAAAAGGGAACUUUCCUGGCCUGGCACCGCUACUUCAUCUACCAGUUCGAGCAAGCCCUGCGCGAUGAGUGUGGAUACACCGGUGACUACCCGUAAGCAUUACUCCCUGCCAGUGCAGCGUGAAGCCCCGUCUGACCAUGACGACAGAUACUGGAACUGGCCUGCGGACUCCAACUCCUUGGAAACCUCCCCGGUCUUCGACGGUAGCGACACCUCCAUGUCGGGCAACGGCGCGUACGUCGCCGACAAGGGGGACAUCGCCCUGACGAUGGGCAACUACCCGAUCGUCUACCUCCCCGCCGGCACAGGCGGCGGCUGCGUCACCAGUGGGCCCUUUGUCAACUACACCGUCAACCUGGGCCCCGCGGCGCUGAACCUUCCCGGCGGGGGAAUGACCGCCCAACCCAACCCCCUUGACUACAACCCGCGGUGCCUGAAGCGCGAUCUCACCACCGCGAUUCUCCAGCGCUACGCCAACGCCCCCGCCGUCGUGAAACUCAUCCUCGAGAACAAGAAUAUCUGGGACUUCCAGAUGGUCAUGCAGGGCGUCCCCGGCAGCGGCUCCAUCGGCGUCCACGGCGGCGGCCACUACUCCAUGGGCGGCGACCCCGGCCGUGACGUGUUCGUCAGCCCUGGGGAUCCGGCCUUCUGGCUGCACCACGGAAUGAUCGACCGGGUGUGGUGGAUCUGGCAGACCCUGGAUCUGAAGAACAGGCUGUAUGCUAUCUCGGGGACGGGCACAUUCAUGAACCUUCCGGCGUCGCCUAAUACGACGCUCAGCACGAUGAUUGAUCUCGGGUAUGCCAAUGGGGGGUCGGUUGCCAUGCAGGAUCUGAUGAGUACGAUUGAUGGGCCUUUCUGCUAUGUUUACCUGUAG